CAAUGGCAUUUUAUGCUCAAUCAUGGCAGAGAAGACAAGGGAAAGGAAUUUCACGGUGACCGAAAUAGAGGUGCUUGUGGGUGAGGUGGAGGCCAGAAAAAUUAUUUUAUUUGGUGGUCACAGUAGUGGCAUCACCAAUAAAAGAAAAACAAGUGAGUGGCAGCACGUCGUCACCGCUGUAAAUGGUGUGAGUGCCACAGAGCGAUCUGUGGCAGAGGUGAAAAAGAAGUGGUCGGAUCUGAAGAUGGAGGCCAAGACGAGAGUGGCAUGGCACCGUCAAAGCGUGUCUGCUACAGGUGGGGGCAACGGCACACCCGAGCCCACACUGCUGGACACCAAAAUAGCCUCCAUCCUUGGGACGGCUAACAUGUGUGGCAUAGUGUUGGAGAAGUAUGGAGACACAGAUUUGGCAGAGACCACAGAGGAGACCGUCACUCUGGAGUUGGAAGCGGUGGGUGACAAGGAGGUUCCGGAGACGGCGUGUCCUGGCACCGUGGUUGAAGGCCUGGCUGUCCCCAGCAGUGCGCCCAGCACCAGUGCGUCCCGAGUGCAUGGCGCACCUGGAAGUGGCUGGGUCCUGACGACACUGUCCUGCAAACGCAAAGGGACACCAUCAGUGCAAUAA